AUGAUUAAUUAGAAUAAUUCUAAAAGUUUUGUAGUUGUUAACCAAAAUCUAACAAACAAAAAAGUAUAAAAGUUCAUCCAUCAAGACUUUAAAUAACUUCGUUUAAAGAAAAAGAAUUUAAAUGAACUUUUUAAUAAAGUAGAGUAAGUUUCUUAGAUUAAUCAAUAAAAGAAUUUUUUUCAACAAAACAUUGGUGAUGAUGAUAAAUAUACUAUUGAAUUGAUUAAUUAGACUUAUUAAUUAAAAAAAUAAGAACUAGAAGAGAAUCCAUCAAAAAAUAACAGUAAAGGUAUGUAAAAUGUUUUUAGAAAACGAAUAUCUGAGAAAUAAUUAAGAGAAUAAAAAGAUGUAAACAGAUUAACCAGCAUAUCAAAAAUUAAUUUAACUCAAAAUGAUGACUCACUACUUAGUGAUCACAGUAUAAAAUUAAAACAAACAUCUUAAACUCAACGUAAUCUAAAUUAAAUAAGAUUUCUUGAAUAAAACUUUAGAACUUAAUCAAAACUAAAACUAUCUAGCAAGAAAAAUGAAGUUUAUAAAAACUAAUAUGAAGAAAUAGAUAAGUUACCUUAAAUUUGGCAAUAAUAUUACAACAUUUAACCAGAAAAAGUUAAGAUCUAAGUCAAAAACUCUUUUAUCAAAUUAAAUGAUUAAUUUAAAGAAAUGGAGAGAGAGAAAGUUCUUGAACCCUUCUUAUAAAAUCAAAAAUUGAAAGUAAAAUUAAUGACACCUCUUAUUAUAAGAAAGGAUAAACCAUAUUUUGUAGCUGAAAAUAAAGAUAAUAGUAUUUUUAUUAUAUUAUAAAAUAAUAGAAAAUUUAAUUGAUAAUAUGAAAAAUGAAAACAUUAACUUAAAAAGAGAUUAAUAUUUAAUUGUUAAUUAUGAUAACAUCUUAGAUUAUAUAUGA